AUGGUAACAGAGUGGACGAUUGAAAGUGGAGAGAGAGGGAAAGAGGCGACGAACAAAGAUGGAAGAUGGCGACAAAAGGGGAGAAAGAUGGGAAUUCUGGGCUCAUGGGCAAAGUUGGCAUCCCAAGACCGGUUUCAACUCUGGGCCGCAGCAAGAAUUAUGCAUCAGCUUGAUCUAUGUAAAGACACUAAACUUGAAACGGCAAUAUCUGCUGAUACCAAGACUGCGCCAGCAGUCUUGGUGUCGCCUGAAAUAUCUUUCGUACCACUAGCGGUAUUACGAAAGUCCCAUAAGCAGAACAAAGGCAGAAAAGGACAAGUGAGCCGGAUUUCACAGCAAAAUAAACAGCACGAAGAAAAUUCUUCCAAACAGCGAAUGCUUCCGGAAAACUUGGGAAGAAACAAUAACCUUCCCAUGGCAGAGGAGAGAGAGGAACACGAGGAGGGGCGCAGGCUGAAGUGGAUGUGCUCGGCUGCGAUGGAAAGGAAUGCAUUUGUUGGUUUGCAUCAGCAGGCGGUGGGCGUCAAUCUAUGCUCAAACAAGCUAGCCAUGUCCAGGAUCAAGGGCCUUGCAGCGACUUGCAGCCUAGUGUAUUGA